AUCAUGUGGGUAGUGACCCGAUAUUUUUCAUAGCAUACAAUAUUUUACAUAGCGUUCUAUGUACUGGUUAUUUAGUUCUGGUUAUCGUCAUAGGAAUUUUGUAUUGCACGUCAACUUGAGCAUCUUCUCCCAUGCCUGUAUAGUUCCUGUAACACGCCCUUGAUUUGGAAUGAAAAUCACGAUGUGGGCCACGUUCUUGAACGCAGUCGUUUUGGUCAGCUGUUUCGUCUCAAGUUGUGGCUGUGUCCGAAACAACGCAGUUCCUACCGCAUCUACACCUCUCGGCCGGAUAUCCGUCCGUGGAAAAUGGCUGGUCGACUCGGAUGGCAGAGUCCGUGUCUUCCACGGAUGGAAUUCCGUCCUCAAGAGCCCACCAUGGUACGAUGAUAAUAUUCUGAACGAAACGCAGCUUGCAAUAUUCAAACAGAUGGGUUUCAACGCCGUCCGGCUCGGCGCAAUGUGGACAGGUUUCGAACCAAGCAAGGACCAGUUCAACGCCACCUAUAUCAUCAUCUUGCAGAACAUUGUAAAAAAAUUAGAAAAAUAUGGUAUCUAUGCUCUGCUGGAUAUGCAUCAGGAUGUGAUUUCAACAAAGUUUGACUCCUAUGAUGGCGCCCCGAGGUGGGUCAUUGAUUCGUUCCCCGACUCGGUCCACCCGUAUCCCUGGCCACUGAAGAAGGUCACGGCGUGGGCAGAGGGGUACCUGACCGAAGCUGUUGGCAACGCCUUCCAGUGUCUCUACGACAACGUCAAUGGUGGGAGAGACGCAUUGGUGAAAUUCUGGCAAAAGGUCGCAAGUGUCUUUAAAGAUCAAACUAGUAUUUUAGGCUACGAGAUGAUCAACGAACCCUGGGCUGGCGGGGUCUACGAUGACCCGACGCUGUUCACGCCAGGCGAGGCGGGGAAACGCAACCUUCAGCCCCUCUAUGAACACAUCAACACAGGAAUCCGGAAAAUAGACAACAACACGCUCCUUUUCUACGAACCCGUCACGUGGGGGAUGUUAUUCAACGGAAAAGUUCUCGGGAGCGGAUUUAGUCACGUCCCGGGUGGUGACCUGUACAAAAACCGCAGUGUCUUCUCCUACCAUUACUACUGCUGGAUCCUGACUGGCAAUAUGUCCCAGCCCUAUCCAAUAGGAAAGAAAAUCCUUUGCGACGACCUCCUGGAGCCGAAAGUGUUCAACGCGGUCAUGGCCGAUCUGGACAUUCUUGGUGGAUCGUCGUUUCUGACGGAAUAUGGGUUGUGCACUAUCACGGACGAUCCGGAGUCGGAGGACAGCCAGGAGUGUAACGCCGUAAUGCGCCUUGCAGACAAAUACGUCCAGUCCUGGACCUACUGGGACUCCCAGUUCUUUGAUGCACACGGCGCAGUAGUGGAGCCAGCGGUAAAGGGAUUCAGCCGCGCCUACCCGCGGGCGACCGCCGGUACCCCGCUGACUAUGUCGUACGAUCCAACUUCUGCAGAAUUCCAGUACGAUUUCGUGAUGGAUACAACCAUCAAGGCUCCCACAGAGGUAUUUGUCCCUCCUUUUCAUUAUCCUAAGGGACCAAAGGUCGCGGUGACUAACGGUCUCAAAUGGACUUAUAGUCAGGAGGACAAUCUAGUGUACGUGUUACCAGUUUCUAGGGAUUUUGAGUUCAAUUCAUCGAGUAGGAUUACCAUGGUACCAGCCAAGUAAGGCUAAACUUGAUGACGAACUGCUGAGAGAAGCGGGCCCCCGCCCCCUCCUUUUUGCAGGGAGUCUUCGAAACUGACCAAGAAUUUUCGGAAGAAUUUAUCAUAAAGGCACAACAUUGGGCAUGAAAUAUAUUGGUUUUCAUAAAUGAAAUGGUUUCCAGGUGACUUCUCCAAACAGAAUAACUGAAAAAUCAUUAAACUGCCAUAACAAUGCAUCAGAACGGAAUGUAACUGUACGCAUCCCUGAAAUUCACAAGCCGUGGCCAAAACUGCCUCGGCAACAGGCGAAAAUCAUAGAGAUCAGCCAUAUUGUAUGAUACAUGUGACGGUGGACGGUGGCAAGCAGGGGCAUUAUCCGCCUUGCAAGGUCAAUCUCACGCCCAAGUUGUCCCUUAUAGAUACCUAAACACUUACACUGUAGUCCUUAUCUCUAGAAAACAAGCAAUCUUGUACGUUACUGUAGAACAGAAAAAUUUCGCGUGCAGGUUUUUUUUCGCGAAUUUCGCGAGUAGGUUACGUUGGCGAAAAUAUUCUGCAGCGAAAAUCUCUUGCUUUUUACCACACCCACACGAAUGGCCGUUAUCUACAAUCAUGUACUUCAUGCGUAGCAACAUGUAGCAACAAAAUCAUUUCAAAACUGUGCCUUGGUAUUUUUCCAUCCUUGGACGUUUACACCUAUCCCUGUAGACGUUCUUAAAUCUUUCUCAUUUCGGCCAUUUGAGACAUCCAGUAGAAUGGUCUGUUGUCCUCGGGAUUAGAAAAGAGGUCAUUCAUGUGACCGAUAUAUCAAGUCCGGGGAAAGACUACAUCAUUUCCCGUUGAGUAUAUAUCGACCGGUUUUAUGUGGAGCCAUCAACGAUGAAUACGUUUUGUGAUUGAACUCUUUGAAAUACACGGCUUGUAUUAUGGUUGGAAGUGACUAUUUGGCAAGACCGGCUCACCAAAGAGCGCCUUUUUUCUGCCCUAGAUGGAGAACCGAACUCAUGCAUAUUCAACCACCCAGGAGCUCAUUAUCAUUCGUGGCAACACGGUCAGCAACACUGGAGUUACAGUGAAACGCCUUUAGAAAUGCACACGUUUAUGACUUUUUUUGUAAAUCCAUACAGUCAUGUACAUGUACAUGCUUCUUCAUGGAUUAUUGACCAAAACCCGAGUUUAGUAACAGAAAUUGAAUCGAGAGCGGGAAGUCGGCCAUUGUUAAAUAUGCGCAUAUAAAUUCGAAUAUGACGUCACUGCUCUCUGAUUGGCCAACAUGUUGUAACCUCUCCGGCUCGCCAAAGAGGGUAAUAUUUUUGCCCUGUUUGGCAAGCCCGGCUUGCCGAACCGGGUGACUUUUUAGUGCUGUUUGGCAAGCGGCUCUCCAAACAGGACAAAAAGAUGCCUGUUCGGCGAGCGGCUUGCCAAAUAGACCCGGCCAUUAAAGUUUAUGAUUUGUGAAUGUGAACGCGGUGACUAUUUAUUUGAAUUACUACAAUGGAUAUGAUUUAAUGUCUGCAGAUAUACAUGUCAUGCUUGGUAUGUGUGAUGGCAAAUGUGUAAAAGAAACCAAUGGAUGAGAUUAUCAGAAUCUGGAAUGUUUAUCAGACGACUAUAACAAGACUUAUAAAAGAGAGUUAUUUCA